AUAUACACGACACAAUAACAACGUGCUGCUUGAAUUAAGAAACAAAAUAUUUUUAUAGAAAAUAAUGGUGCGAAAACUCAAAUUUCAUGAGCAGAAACUGCUCAAAAAGGUUGAUUUCAUAACCUGGAAGGUGGACAACAGUAGCAGGGAAAACAAAAUACUGCGGCGCUACAAUAUACAAAAACGUGAAGAUUAUACAAAGUAUAACAAACUGUCCAGGGAAAUCAGAGAACUGACAGAGAUGAUAGCUAAACUCGAUGCUACAGAUACUUUUAAGGCAGAAGCAACUGCCAUGCUCGUGAACAAAUUACACGCUUUGGGUGUAGCUAACGACAGCCUUACAUUGGAGACAGCAAGCAAAACGUCGGCGAGCCACUUCUGUCGCCGACGCCUGCCAGUGGUUAUGGUUAAACUACGUAUGUCCGAGAGUUUAAAACAUGCCACAGAUCUUAUAGAGCAUGGGCAUGUGCGUGUCGGACCAGAAAUGGUAAAGGAUCCGGCGUUCUUGGUCUCACGAAAUUUGGAAGACUUUGUGACCUGGGUGGAUGGCUCCAAGAUUAAAGAACAUGUUAUGCGUUAUAACGAUAUGCGUGACGACUUCCAAAUGUAAAACUUGAUUUGCCUUAGAUGUUUUAAGUAAAAUAAAUA